UGCAGGAUGUGAGCGCGCGGCCGCUGUCUGGCCCCGCCCAGGAGGAGUGGCUUCAGACCGGAGACCGAUCUCUCCGGCGUCCGCCGCUUCAUCAGCGCACUUUCCCGCGAUUAACGUUUGGAAUAUAACGGCGUUCCGCGCGCGGCUGGAGAUGAAGGGUGGAGGUUUGGCAGGGAGCUGCAGCCCCUGCUAGAUUGAGCGCCUCACCUUCAUCACCUCCUCCUCCUCCUCCUCUUCAUCAUGGCCAGUCACCUGGAGCUGCUGACGGAGCUGCAGCAGCUGGAUAAGGUGCCCAGUCUGGAGCGGCUCCGGGCGGCACAGAAGCGACGCACACAGCAGCUCAAGAGAUGGGCCGUCUACGAGAAAGAGAUGCAGAACAAGAAGCGCAAGGCGGACAAGCGGCGAGGCCACGGGAACCCGCUGGAGAACCGCCGGAGGGUGUCGUUCGCGGCCAGCAUCGCUCUGCUGGAGGCCUCGGCCAGGAACGACCCCGACGAAGUGAGAUAUCUACUGAAGAACAACCUGAGUCCGGAUCUGUGUAACGAAGACGGACUGACGGCCCUGCACCAGUGUUGUAUUGAUAACUAUGAGGAUAUGGUCCGGAUCUUGUUGGCUCACGGAGCGUCUGUCAAUGCUCAGGACAAUGAGCUCUGGACGCCGCUUCAUGCUGCAGCCACAUGUGGACACACAGGCCUCGUCAAGAUCCUCAUCCAGCACGGUGCUGAUCUCUUAGCAGUGAACUCAGACGGUAACAUGCCCUAUGACCUCUGUGAGGACGACCCCACGCUCGACAUCAUCGAGACCGCCAUGGCCAACCGAGGAAUCACACAGGAGAUGAUCAAUGAGACGCGAGCAGCGGUGGAGAGGAGGAUGCUGGGAGAUAUUCAGAGCCUUCUGCAGGACGGAGCCGAUGUCAAUCAACACGACUCCCAGGGAGCCACGCUGCUGCACAUCGCAGCGGCGAACGGUUACGCACAGGCUGCAGAGAUGCUGUUAGAGGGAGGAGCCAGAACAGACCUGAGAGAUUCUGACGGAUGGACACCGCUACACGCCGCGGCCUGCUGGGGACAGGUCCAUGUGGCCGAGCUUCUGGUUUCUCACGGAGCUAAUCUCAACGCCAAGACGUACAUGGAGGAGACGCCCAUAGAUCUGUGUGAGGAUGAGGAGUUCAGGAAUCAUCUGCUGGAGUUGAAGCACAAACAUGACAUCAUCAUGAAGUCACAGCUGAAGCACAAAACAUCACUGUGUCGCCGAACCAGCAGCGCCGGCAGCCGCGGGAAGGUGGUGCGGAGGGCCAGUCUGUCAGACAGACACAACCUCUGCAGGAAAGAGUAUCAAACGGAAGCCAUCGUGUGGAGAGGAGGACGAGAAGAAGAGGACCGAGAGAGAGAGUCUGACCAGGAAAACCAUUCAACGCAGCCGGACGAUGCUCCUCGAGCGCCGGGGAUCCUGAAGGACGGCGGUCAACAGAACGGCUGCAUCUCCAGUACUCCGGCGCCGGCCGCGUCUAACGGCGACCCCGUGACCCCUGACCCCCGCGACCCCGAGCCGCAGCCCUCCAGCGAGGAGCUCAAGCCCAAAGAGCGCGCGCAGACGCUGUCCGAACUCAAGAAGCAGCGCGCCGCGGCCAAACUCCUCGGCCAGCCCGUGCUGAACGGACACCUGGGAAACGGCUCGACCAAAGCCAGCCCCGAGGAUCCCCGCAUGCCGCUCGUCUCGGCCAACGGCAGCGCCGUCUACUUCACGCCGGCCAGCGGAGACCCGCCCCUGCUGAGGUUCAAGCAGCCAAUAGAAGACGAGGAUCCCAAGAGUGACAGCUGCUGCUGCGUCUCGUGAGCAGAUGGGUUCAGGACCUUAAAGGAGAACUUCACUGUUUCCAGAUCGCUCGCAUCUUUGUCGAGUUGCAAAGAAAUGCCGCCCAACCCGAACGAAAACAGAUCAGUCACGUGAUCAACAUGGCAAAUUAGUUUUUAAAAUAAGUUCAUCUCCAUAUAGUGGACUUUCAGAGAGAAAUAAGGGCCUCAACUAACAAAAUGAUUGUUUGUUUUCUUAAAAACAUUCAAUUUAUUCACAGAAGCUAGGCUAGCGGUAGCUCUGCGAUGCGUGUCUGUAUUAGCCGAUGUGGGAAAGGUCAAUAAAGUCAAAUGUCGUUUUUAAAAGAUGUGCAGAGAACAAGAACUAAAUGUGCGUGACCUUUCCAUCAUCAGCUAAUAAAGCUGUGCGUCACGGAGCUGACCCCGGCACAAUAAAAUGAAUAAAAAGACAGAUUAUUUGCUAGAUAAGACGCUUAUUCCUCUGCAUUUCUGACCGGCCACCACCGAAGUCCGCUAUAUGGAGAAAAAUCCUGGACUGCUUUCCUUAAAAAACUCGACUGAAGAAAGACUGACACGAUUCCUAGAACUUUUCCGAAGAGCGGGAUUUCCCUCCGAGAGAGACAGAGCAGCACGUCCAUCCCUCUCCAUUGACUUUGCAUUAAAGGAAGUGAACAUAAAAAAACAGGCGUCCGGUAAACAAACUAAAAUACCGAAACGUAGUUUUUAUAAGCAGCCGACCCAAAAAGAAGCAUUUAUUGAAGCUCAGCGUGUCUGUAAUCGCUGACCACGACUAUUCAUUAUUUGAACCCAAUCCAAGGAUUAUUUGAGCGCCUGACGUGAACCUAAGAGGACAUUAUAUUGAGAUUAGUUUAUUUUUGUGGAUCUGACUGAACACCUCAGGAGGAGUCUCCCAGUAAUACAGAGUCAAUGGAGGGCGCCGUGUGGGCGUGGCCUAAAGGUAGCUGCGAAAGCGUCUGUUCAGCCAAUCACAGCCUCCCGAGCGUCUGAUUGGCUGAAGCCCAUUCUCGUUCCAGUCCUGGGAGUCGGGAUGAAGCCUCGCAGGAAACAGGAAGUGAUGUGAUCGGGCCUUUCUCAGCUGUGCAGUGUGAACAGACGGACUCCGCUCUCCUGUACAGUAUUUAUUUGUAUAUGUGCAUAGAGCCACUCUUCUAUAAGAUUAUUUAUUGUAUUCCAGAGAGAUGAAGUGACGGACGGAGCACAAACCAGUCAGUAUUUUUCUAUGACAGUGUUAUGAUGACCAGAUGAAGUAUUUGAACUCACUUUUUUUUUGCAUCGUGACAUUAUUACAACAAAAGCUGAAGGAAAAAUGACUGUAAUUUGAUGUAAAUCAGCAGCACAGUAAAAACUAACAUGAUGCAUACAUGCUAAAUAAUUGAAAUAACACAUCAAAUUUAAUGUAGCGUUAUUUUUUCUAUUAUAGCAAUUUUACAGGCAUUUUUGUGAAACGCUUACUUUUAGGAAAAUGUCGCAGUGCAAAAAUUUUUUUUUAUUUAUUUUUUUUUAUGUGAAAUAUGACACGGAUGUUUAUAUUAGUGCUGUCAAAUGAUUGAUCACCAUUAAUCACAUCCAAAAUAGUAAUAUAUGUGUGCUUACGGUGUAUAUUUAUUAUGUAUAUAUAAACACGUAAACACGCACACACGUGCAUCUAUAUUUGUUUGUAUAUUAAACAUAUUUAUGUGUAAAUUAUCAAAAAAAUGUAAUAUGUCCAUGGUAAUGUUUUCGAAACAUGCUUAAUGUGCGUGUAAUUAUAUAUAGAUAAUAAAUAUAAAUAACACACACACAUAUGUGAAGAAAAACAGUUUUGGAUGUGAUUGAUGGAGUCGGAUCCCUUUAUAUACUGCUCCCUAUGAAGGGUGUAUUUAUAGGGUUGGAUCUGCUCGCUCUCGGGUGCCAAAGUCUUCCAGAGUGACGGACGUCAGAAACAGCCAAUGAGAUUCCAGUGCCACUCCUGUAGCCCCGCCCACUCCCCCACGCUCGCUGCAUUCAUUGGUCAGAGGCGGCAGAGAAUGUAAAUAAUGCUUGGAAUGCGUUUCCUUCAGACGAUGGGAAGGGUGUUUGUGAAAGGAGUGAUUAUAGACAUGAAAUAGAGUUCGGCUUCCGUUUCUACUGAGCAACACGAAGGGAAAAGAGCAUCGCAACUACUGAUUUUAUAAUUUACUGGAACACACUGAUCACUGUAUUAACAUAUUUUCAAUAAAUUGUAUAUUUUGAUCAGUUUCUAAA